UCGACUUCCCCGUUGUGUACGGCAGCGACGGCCACCCCGAGGCAUAUACCAUCAUCGGCACCUGCGAGGACUAGAGGUCUCCCUGCUCUUUCUCUGCUUCUCUACGGACCACCAUGUCUGAGUACAACACGCCGCCUCCGGAAGCGCGCCCGCAGCCGCACCCCUACCUGCACGAGCCGCUGCUAUACAUCUCGGGAUUGCCACCAUACGUGAGAGACGAAGACCUCGCAGUCGCGUUCCAGACCUGCGCGCCGUUCCGGCCCAACAUCCUGCGCGACGGCUCGAACAAGCCUCUGUCGGGGACGAUCGAAUUCAAGUAUCUGGAGAAAGCGGAGAAGGCCCUUGCAACGUUGCAAGGCCGGCACAUUCCGAACCUGCUGCAACCCGCACUGCUCACGUUGUCGCCAUAUCCCUCUACAACACCUCCAACGCCCCUCCCGCCACCAUCUGCGUCGCCUCGUCUUGUGAAGCAGCUUCCUCCUGGCUACACCGACUCGCAGCUCUACGAUCUCUUCCGUUCGUUCGGUGCUCUCGCCUCCGUACGAACUCAGUCACCCUUCGGACCGGACACUGGUGUGGUCGAGUUCUGGAGGGAAGAAGAUGCGCGCGAAGCAGAGGAGGCGAUGCACUGCGCGGAUGUCGAGGGCCAGAACAUCGUCGUGCAAAUAUACCAGCCGCGUCGCGCCGGCGCCGCGAUGAGCGAGUUCAGCCCGAACGCACCGUCGUUCGUUCCCACUGGCUCGGUAUUCCCGUACCCUGCCCAGUACUCACCUCCGCGGCAAUCGCCUUACCCUUCGCGCCCCUUGUUCUUGCAUGGCCCCGGACAGCAGGUUCAACUAGCGCCUUUAUCUGGUCCAGGAUCCACGAGCCAUAGUGGACUCAUCGACCCUUGCAACCUGUUCAUCAAAAAUCUCGAUACCUCCAUCGACUCGAACGGUCUGUUCUCUCAUUUCCGUCAGUUCGGGCAAAUUGUCAGCGCUCGCGUCAUGCGGAACGAAGGAGGCGAAAGUCGUGGGUUUGGUUUCGUCUCGUACCAAACGCCCGAUCAAGCUGCCGCUGCUCUGAACCAGAUGAAUGGUGUCGUGAUUGGGACGAAGUCUCUCGUGGUACGCCUACACGAGCCCAAGCAGCUCCGCCAAGAAAAGCUUGCCCAGCGGUUCGGCGGGCACAACGGCCACCCUCGUAGCAGCAGCGGCGCAACGAGCCCUACCGCCAGCGAGGCGGGCGAGAGCUACGCUGGAUGGCCGAGUCCGAGCAGCCAUCCCGCCGUGCUUGGCUCUCCUACUAUGGGUGGCCACCACGAACGUCACGAGCGGCCCGACAGAGCGCGCCGUAGCUCUGGGAGCUUCUUCCAUGCUGCACUCGCGGGUACGCUCAACCUGCCUAUGCGUUACGACGAUCUUUCUGCGCUCUCUCCCGUUGUUCGCAAGGAGGUGCUCACGGGCGAGCUGAGUAGGCGGAUCAAGAGCAUGGAUGUCGUGCGCUCCGAGGAGCUCGACACGGUCGUUCAGUCGAUCGUGGCGCUUUCGCUCAGUGAGGUCGUGCAGGGCAUCCAAGAUCCUAGCAAACUCUCGGAGCAGAUCCAGGCUGCUAAGAAGUCGCUUAACCCCGCGAAAGCAUCCAAAUCACCAUCGCCUUCGCCUGCAGGUUCUCAAGACUCUCGGCUUCUCGAUGCAUCAGCUCCCAACGCGACUGCUUCUGCGCCGGAUCACCCCUCGACGCCGCUUUCGAUGCCUGCUACCCUGUCUACCCCACCGCGGACCGAGUCGCCAUCCGGUUCGCUUGCUCCCCAGUCCGAGAAGGACCGGAUGUUCGCCGCAGUCAGCAAGCUCGAGUCGGCUCAGAUCGCAGAGCUCACGGAGCUGCUUAUGUCGCUGCCCAAGCGUGAGCGCGCAAUGUGCCUUUUCAAUGUCGAGGUGCUCCGCGCCAAGAUCGCAGACGCGAAGCUUGUGCUAGAGGUCGAGGACGAAGAGGAGCAGACCCCGGCCAUCUCGACCGUACCCGUGCCACAAACGCCGCAGGCACGCAAGGUUUCGGCGGCCUCGUUUGACUCCCCGCAGACGCCCGACCUGUCGUCGCGCGGCCCGAGCGUCGCUGCGAGCCCAACUCCCGCGACGCCCAGCGCACCCUCUUCGGCGGCGCAGGUGUACACAAUCGCGUCCCUCGCGCGUUUGCCUGCGUCGGAGAUUAUCCGUCUAGUCAACACGUCCUCGGUCACUGGCCUUCCGCUUCCGAAGGCGGACCCAAUGGUCGUGAAGGCGACGGACGAGUUCAUCGACAGUUUGCGCGACAAGCCCGUCAACCAGCAGAAGCAGCAGCUGGGUGACAAGCUUUGGCGUGUCGUGAAGGCAUUCGGUAUCAAGGGAGCACCCAAGAUCACCAUUGCACUCCUUGACCAAGACGAUCUCCGUCCCCUCGCCCACCUGAUGAACAGCUACCCAUCCGUGCUCAAGGAGAAGGCGCUCCUUGUGCAGGCCGCUCAAACGAAAUAAUGACCCAAUACCUCCGAAUGUUGCUCCCGUUGUCACUACCCGCACGUUGCUUCUAUCUCCGCCCGCGCCCCUAAUAUCCCCAUCUCUCGUUGCUCUGUCUUGCUUCCCCUUGGGCCCGUACCUCCAGGAUCACAUACCUCGCAAAGGAGGAGGAUCCGAUACGUCUCUUUUCACAAUCCCUGGACCCGUCAUUCCCGCCGUCCCGGAGGUCGCCGUCUAUACCGCCCCACAGUUACUGUCUCUCUCGCGGAAGGUCGCACUGGUUAUAUACCAAGGCUCGUCCCCAUCCCCGUCUCCCUCUCCAUCCCACAUUGUUUGCUCCUGCUGUCCACGCGCGCCGUCCGCUGCGCCCAC